AACGUAUGCCAAAACGGAAACACAACGGGGACAACAGUCUCAAGCCAGAAACACAAACUGAAAACCCCGCAAAGCGACAAGAACAUAAUGAUACAGUCGAUGAAGCCAGAAUACUUGAAGCUGCAGAAACUCAACUGUACCAAAGCCAAAUUAAACUUCAACAACAACGAACACUUGAAGCAAGCAGACAGAUGCUUUACGGUGUUUACGGAAAUUUGGUAGCUAUACUUGAAGAAUACGAAGCAAGGACCCACAAUGGUACACCGCUGCCGAGAUCAAACAUUACUUUACCAGAUCAGUCCACAAAAUCACUCGAGGAUGUUGAAAGCAUUGUUCAAGGGCAACUGCUUGCGUUUCAAAUGCAAAGCAAAGCGUGUCAUCCCGAUGUAAGAAAUGAGGUUAACAAAGAUUUGAGAAAAAAAACUCUUAUAUGGGCUGCCGUGAGGGAGGAGAAAACCUUAGAAAUGCAAACAACGGACACAUUCAUAUGUCAACUCUAUAAAAUACUUGCCAAAGGAAAGACUCGUCAUGAAAUUCUUGAAAAUAGAAGGCAGUCGGAUUCGAUCAAAACAAUAAAAGACACACUCCCGCAUAUUAUGCAAGGUAAACAUGACGCCGCUACUCUAGAUGAAUCGUUUAAGAAGGAUCCUGGCAAGAAAGCAUCCAGUCCUCAAACUAGGCUUGCUUACGCGGACAACUCUUUCAAGCUAGGUGCAUCUCGUAUGAAACGUAAAAUGCCCGAUUUCAGUCAUGACCUUGAUACAGACGUGGAACAUUUUCUGCUGGAUGAACCAGAUAGCUACAGAUGAACUUUGAUUAGUUCAGGUCCUAACAUCGAUUGAACUAUAUUGUUUCUUUAAUAUUUAUGAUGUGUUGCUAUCAUCUUAAAUAUAUUAAAUAUAUACGGAUUAAGGGCUAUAUUUUAAUUUCCUAACACAAUUUAUAAUAUUUAGAAGUUUUUAAAUUUAAUAUGAAGGACAUUGUAUUUGUAGAUUGAUUUACUUUAAGUGAAUAAUUAGUUAUAGCAAAAAUAUAUGUGUGAUUAAUCAA